AUGCCGCGCCCCGAGUACGCGCCUUUUCUCACGUCGCCGCGCGGCGCGUCCGCUUCAAUGGGGCGAUCGUUCGUCGUCGCGGCUCCGCGCGCUGUCUCGGCACUAAGCUCCGCCGCCUCGGAGACGCUCAGCGCCGCGCUCAGUGUCGCGAAGCUCAAUCUGCACCGCCGCCGCCGCCAGACGCUCACCGACUUGACCGACAGCAGCAACAGUCGCAGCGGCCGCCGAUCCACGUACGUGGACUGCGACGACGACGACGAUGACGACGACGACGACGACGACGACGAGGCCGCUGACCCGUUCGAGCCACUGCAGUCGCUUCAAGCCCAAGAGCACGACCAAAAGCAAGAGCAACAGCGACAGCAACAGCUGCGACACGCGCGUCAAUCGCGGCCGCACAAGCCCGUGCGCUCGCCGUCCGCGGGUCGCGUGGCCUCGUCGCCCUCGACGCGCUCGCGGUCGGCGCGCUCGUCGUCGGCCACGUCGCCCUCGAGUCUGCGGGACGAGCCGCUCUCGUCGUCCCUCGUGAGCGACGUGGCGCCGCAGCUGCCCGAGCUCUCGCCCGACCGCGUCCACGCGCUCGUGCACUUCAUCGACCGGUCCGUGGACAACGCGUACAACCUCAGCCUUGGCUUUGGCCGCGUGCGCUGGACGCCCAGUCGCGCCAAAGACGGCGUGACGAUCCGCCGCGCCAAGGGCGGACCGGACGACACGAUGCUGGACGCGGCCGUGCGCGGCAGUUGCAACAUCAGCGCGACGUUCCGCGAGAUGAGCGACCUUUUGAUCACGGAGACGACGGCGGACUUUGCCGAGUUCGAGCACGCGGUGAACCCGACGGAGUUCCUGGACGGCCAAGUGCUGUACACGCUGGUGCCACGCACACCCGAGGAGCGCUUUGUGUGCGUCAAGUGGCACUGCACGCGGUCCAUGGCGUCGUCCGUGGCGAGACACCGGGACUACGUGUACGUGGAGCUCGUGGACUCGUUCAAAGACGAAGACGGACGUCGGAUUGGCUACCGUCUGAGCAAGAGCGUGGACCUCCCUGACGUGUUGCCCCCGCGGGACACGAAGCACCUUUUCGUACGGGCCAAGACGCUGACGCUGCAGACGUGGAGCGAACGCGCGCCAGGGAGUUUGGAGUUUGUCACGAUGAUGAUCAACGAUUUAGGCGACGGACUGCCGUCGUGGCUUGUGCACAAGAUGGUGGACACGGCAGCCAUGCGCCCGGCGUGCAUACGCGACCACAUUAACCAGCGCCGCCUCGAUAUGCUGGUAUACGCUGGGCCGAGUGACAUGGUGCCGCUCAACCGCCGCAUCUGUUGCGUUGUGUGCACGCGCAGCUUUUCGCUCGUGAGGAAGAAGUACAGCUGUGCGGCGUGUGGAGACGUCAUUUGUAACCAAUGCAGUGUGCACCAGCUCGUGACGACACAUCAGCGGCUGAGCGAUCUCUCAGCGCCUGGGGGCAAACGCAAAACGCGCAUUUGUCUCAAGUGCAGCAGUACUAUGCAGAACAAAGAGUUGCCUCGACGCGCGUCGUGUGCGCGACAGAGCGAGAUGUCUCGUGUCAGCUCGGACGGCAGUGUCCGCAGUUCUCUAGCAUCGAACGGCUCGUUUCUCGCGCGCUCGCACGUAUCGGCAGGAAAGACGUCUGACGAGACUCGACGCAGUUUUCUGUCCGACUCAACAGCCGGAACAAGUUCACAGGAAUCUGUUGAAGACGGCGGCCGAGGCAGUGGCAACGGGUCUGCUACAUUGCGCAAACAGGUACCGAACGUGUUCCAGUUCCGCCUGAUGUCGUCUUCACUGGGCAAGAGUGAGCGUUUGUCAAAGGCGUCUACAUCUUCUUUGUCGCCCGGUAAUGAAGAGGACCGUUUAGGUACCGAAGAGUAUCAGGCACAAAUGUUUGGUGACAGUGCUCCCGCGCCUGCAUCUGUGAAGCUUGACCUUGGUGUUGGAAGAUACAAAGAGACCUUGCCUCGACGAAAUUCCGAGCGAAAGCUUGAAGUGGAAGCAUUGAAGCAAGCAAAGCACAGCGACGUGGAAAGGAGACUUAUUGAGGAUGAUGCUGAUAAUUUUCUUGACAUGAAACGUGGUAGGAAGGGACCAGUGCGUCAAUCUGCUGCAGUGAUGACGCUAGAGAUGGACAUGCCUUCAGUACGCAAAGUGGAAGUUGCCAGCUUUUUGACCGAAGAAGAGAAUGCGAAUUUGGACACUGCAUCAAGUGAUUCAGAAUCGGCCAGGUUUCUUACGGUGGACGAGAAUUCUAAAAUUGUGGAGAGUCGAUCUCUUGGAAGAAGAUCUGAGGCUGGUUUCCCAGUUCCUGUACAGGUGGAGGAACUCAUUAUAGAAGAAGUUACUCCCGAGACGUUCUGUACCGUUCCGCGGCGAAGUAAAGAGUUUGAAGCAAUUGGGGUGGAAGAGUUGGUCAUCGAGGAAGUCGAGCCCGUUGCUGUAAGUUUUCUGCCACGACGGAUCUCAAAGACAGAAGAAUUUGCUGCUGGAAAGGUUCACCCCGAGCACGGUGGCAUUGUCCCGCGACGCGGCAUCAAGUGCGAGCAGGUCGUAGACGAGGAAGCUCAGUCCGAGAAUGCGAGAAAUGCGUCUGUGCUUUGUAUGGACGAAGCGGAAAUUGAGAUACCAAUGGUGGUUCGUAAAGUGUCGAAGAAAGUUGUUGUUGGUCCUAGCAGACGACUCAGUCGCGAAUCAAGAAGAGCACCAGCGCUGCGGCCUGUUGGUGCCCCACCUCCACCACCACCGAGGGCUGCGGGUACGCUGUCAGAUAGUAUAACAAGUGUCAGCAACGAGAACCUGCCGGCUCCAGUUCAAGGAUCGACAGCAUCAGACGAGGAGGUCAUCAAAGUCGAGGAUCUACAGAUGCAUUUGGACCGUAUGAACCAAAUCUCGGCAAGGCUGCGAGUCCUCCAUACGACGGAAGCUCCGGUCAGCACGCAAACAGCAAUGGCUGCGCUUACAACGUUUGAGAUUAAAGCGAAGGCUGAACGUGCAGCCAAGAUUGCAGCCAACUUCGUCAGUCUUUUGGACCGGCAUGCUGCACCAGCGGCUCGGCGCGCACAGCAGUAUUUGAAGCAGUGUGAGAACCACCGCACAAGUUUGUUCAAUGUGACGCUGGCUAUGGGCGACGGCAGCUUUGUGGAUUACCUCGUCGACUCGACGUUUGAAGAGAUUGGUGAGAGUCCUGACGGCACGGGCUCGGGAUGGCAGUCCGUGCUCUCUCAAACGACGGGCAAGCAGUAUUUCUAUAACCAGAAUUGUGCGCUUGCAUCCUGGACUUUGCCAGGACCUGACGUUUUUCGGGGAACGCUGUAUAUGGUGCUGUAG